GACAUGGGUAAAGCAUUCUUUAGCGAGAGUUAUGGAAUUCUUUUAAAUUGCCAUGAGAAUUUUUAUGAGUUCAAAAAAGUAUUUGAUUACUGUGAGAGAUAUCAGGAUCAAAGUUUACCACUUGGUGAGAGGUUGCUCGCCUAUGCAUUCAUUGAGUGUAUAGGUAAUAAUUGGGUUCGAGUAGAAGAAGGAAUGCAUGUUAGCGGGCAUUUCUAUGUUUAUAAGAUUAUCGGAGGAGUUAGUAAACCACGAGCUAAAGAAAUAUACUCCAAACUUGUUGAUUGUGUUAAAAAUAUGUGGGAAACAAGAAUUCUUAGCAAUGGUAAAAAUGAAGUUAAUGGGUUUACAUUGAAACAAAAAACCCAUUCACGCACAUGGAGUAUCUCAACAUACACAAGUGUCAACUUUUUUGAAAGCCGUAUCACAGAAUACAGUACUAUCCAUGAAAUCGAAUACAAUGAUAGGGUUUUUGAUAAUU